GUUAAUUAAUAAUUGAGGCCCGACACGAGUCCGAACGGGAUACAGAAUCGUCCUGCUCCCUCCUCUUUCAAAGCCAAAAGCCCCAAAAAUUUCCCAAUUCCGCAAGGAACAAAAACCCUAAUAACUAAUAAGCUACAGGGGUAGCAGGAUCGGAGGUCGAGCGAUGGCGGCGAGAGGCGGCGGAAAGUACAGGAACCCGUGCCUGACGAUGCACCAACCAUGGGCCUCUCUCUUGGUCCACGGCAUCAAGCGAAUCGAGGGCCGAUCUUGGCCGUCUCCAAUCACCGGUCGUCUUUGGAUUCAUGCUGCUUCCAAAGUUCCAGAGCCCGAGACUAUCAAGGCAAUGGAGGAUUUCUACAGGGAGAUUUAUGCUGUUAAUGGGAUUACUGAUAUUAAGUUCCCUGAGCAUUAUCCGGUGUCUCGACUUCUUGGCUGUGUUGAAGUGGUCGGCUGUCUUAAAUGUGAAGAGCUAGUGAGCUGGGAGGCAGUACCAGAAUCGGUAAGGCUUGAAGGUUUAACAAACUUCUGCUGGCUUUGUGAACAACCACAGAAAUUGAUGGUUCCAUUUGAGAUGAGAGGUUAUCAAGGGGUCUAUAAUCUGGAAAAAAGGAUUUAUGAUGCAGCAGUACGAGGCCUCCGUCAAGUUGAAGGACCUCAACCAGUGAAGUUUCCACUUCCAGACCCACAUAAUCCGUCAUCGCUAAGGCCAGGAGCACUUACUUCGAACUUCACUGUAUCCAGAAUUUCUGCAGUAGAGAAACCACCGAGCGUUGAUGCAGCUAUUGCGGGUGCACGAGCUGCGGCAACUCAAUUUUCAAAGAAGGACCAGGCGAACCCCUCAUUUAAUCACCAAAUUAACCAAAUUGAUACUAUUCAAAACAAUGACUCGGCGGGAACCAGUCAUAAUGUUUCUGCAGCAGGAAGUAGAACAGUGUUUCAUGUACCAAAUAGCCAAGCAUAUCAGAAUGAUUAUGGUUUAAACCAUGUAGAUCAACAAAUUUCUCCGGAAAGUGGAGGAAGUGUCAGGAGGAAUGCAGCUUCUGGUCGACAGUCUGGAGCUACUUCAUCUAAGCUUUUUGCAGCUGCGCUCAGAGGUCUAACCCAAAACUAAAGGGAUGACCUGUGGAAGAUUUGCUUUCCAUGUAGCAGCCUGGCCCUCUGUGAAGUGGAGUUGAGAAGUUUGCAUGCAGAGUGUAGCUGAGACAGAUGCUGUAUCUUUGAACCCACAGAGGAAUUACAAAGUUGCUGAGCUGUCUCUUUGUACCAUUUGAAGAUCUAAUUGUUAGUUCAUAGUGCAGGUCUGGAGUUAAGGGCAUUAGUUCCAAAUUUAUUUUGUUUCUGACAUAACUAAGUAUGAGCUUAUUGUUAUUGUUAAGAUGUAAUAGUAAAAUUUAAAUGUUCUGAAUGCAACUCUACGAGUCACUGUACAUUAAAGUGUUUAACAAUUUUAAGAAUAUUGGCUAAUUCUCAUGUAUUUUAAUAUUCAAGUGACCUAAUAAACCGGGAUUCUGAGCUUC